AUGCCGGUUCUGCGCGAUCGAGUUUCGCUAAAUUUGACGCCGUGCGAAAAAUUGAAUCCUGUUUUUCCGGUCACUGCGUAUGUAUUCCCGCGAAUAACUUCGUACGCCACGUCGCGAAUUCGGCCUAUAGAAUCAUGGCCUCAUUUACAGGGCCUUUCACUAGCAUAUCCGGAUCCAUCUAGUCGACAUCAGAUUCACAUGCUGAUCGGCGCGGACGUGUACGGUUCGCUCUUAUUGCGCGACCUGAGACAGGGCCCCUAUGGAGCGCCCACUGCCCAAUCGACCUCGUUCGGUUGGAUAAUCUCUGGACCGACCGGAAGUAAAGAAACUACUUCACAAGAAGUAACUGUUUUGAAUUGCGUAUCCGCGCUGGAUGUGGACUCUCUCCUCCAGAAAUUCUGGGAGGACAAAGAGAUUCCCACGCCAACUUCCCUCACGGAGGAGGAAGAAAAAUGCGAAUCUCAUUUCGCUCAAACGCACAGUCGUGAUCCUGACGGUCGUUAUGUCGUGAGAUUACUUUUCAAAAAUGCUUUGCCGAUCGAUAUCGGGGAAUCUCUCUCCAUAGCGCGUACAUUGUACGGUCGUCUGGAAAAUAAAUUGAAUUCAAAAUCCGAUCUCUGUUCGCUAUACAGAGACUUUCUUACAGAAUACGAGGCCCUUGGACAUAUGACUCGCGUUGGCGAGUCCGAACCCACUGAGAAUAUACCGAUUUAUAUUCCCCAUCAUCCAGUAAUAAGAGAGGAUAGUUGCACCACAAAGCUUCGAGUCGUAUUUAACGCGUCGUGUAAAACCCGGAAUGGCACGUCACUUAACGACCAUUUGCUCAUCGGGCCAAAGUUGCAGCAGGAUCUCCCUGCCGUCUUAUUGCUGACGUAUGGUUUAGCAUCGGCACCUUAUCUUUCGAUGCGCGUGCUUCGACAGCUCGCGCUUGAUGAAGGUGCAAAGUUUCCUGCCGCGGUACCGAUCGUCAAUGAUUCCAUUUACGUGGACGACGCAUUGUUCGGAGCAAACGAUAUCGAUUCGUUAAUAAAUACGCGAACUCAGCUCGCUGAGCUAAUGAGGCGCGGAGGUUUUUCACUUCGUAAAUGGGCUUCAAACUGUAGCGAGCUUCUUGACGAUUUAUCCAGCGAUCAAUCGGACGUUACCGAUCACCUUAUCCUAAAGGACGAAACGUUGAAAAUACUCGGAUUAUCAUGGCUCCCUACGGAAGACUCCUUCCGCCUUACUGUGAAAUUUAAUUUUCCUACCGCGUUAACUAAGCGUUCAAUCCUGUCGUGCAUCGCGAGCUUGUAUGACCCCCUCGGAUGGGCUGCGCCGGUUGUAAUAAACGCAAAAAUCAUUCUGCAAGAGCUAUGGCUUUUACAUUGCGACUGGGAUGCUCCGCUUCCGAACGAAUUGAGUCAACGGUGGAAUGCUUUCGCUUCCGAGUUCCCGCAAUUAGAAUCCGUUAGAAUUCCUCGGUGGACGGGUCAGAGCCCUGAUAAUCUCGCGUUAGAAAUACAUGGAUUCGCCGACGCUUCAAAUCGCGCGUACGCUGCGGUCGUAUACUUGCGCGUUUUCCAUUCUCUUUCGGAAUACCGUGUUAGCUUGAUCGUUGCGAAGUCGAAGGUGGCUCCCGUCAAGACUGUUAGCAUUCCGCGGCUCGAGCUCAACGCCGUUGUUUUAUUGAGUCGACUCGUUAAGUGGGUAAUUAAGUCAUUAAAUAUUAUUCAUUGUCCGAUCCAUUGUUGGACGGACUCCACGAUCGCGUUGGCAUGGUUACGCCAACAUCCAUCGAAAUGGACUACGUACGUAGCAAACAGAGUAUCCGAGGUGCAGUGUAAUCUACCCUCGGCCAAAUGGAAUCACGUACCGUCCAAAGACAAUCCGGCCGACUGUGCAUCCAGAGGGUUGUACGCAUCCAAGUUAGUCUCACAUCCGUUAUGGUGGGCGGGCCCGCCUUGGCUUCAAUGGCCUUCAACAGCGUGGCCGCCACAUAACAUUGCUUCUCCGAUCUCCACGGAGUUAACUAAGCAAAUACACUCGGAAAGUCGAAAGUCCACUGUCCUUCACGUGGAAGGUACACCGGAAUGGGAUCUCCCUUAUAGAUACUCCUCCUGGACUAAGCUCAUUCGAGUGACAGCCUACGCUUACAGAUUUAUAUCCCGCUCCGCUAAACAAAGGAAUUUUGAAGCUAAUGUUGCGUUGUCUCUUAACGCGGACGAACUUAAACGCGCGGAAAUGUUUUGGGUCUCAUAUACGCAGAGGAAGUCCGUCAGCCAUGGUGCUAUCACCAACGCCUUGGCUGGCCUGGGCGUGCCUCACGGCCUAAUAGACUAUAUUGCGCAUAGUUAUGCGCGCAGCGGCACGAUAUUUGAAGUGCGCGGUGACAGGUCAGAGCUCUCUGGUAUUGGCAGAAGCGUCAGGCAGGGGGAUCCUUUAUCACCAGUGCUGUUUUGCCUGGUGGUAGAUGUGAUCAUGAGAUCCAUACCUGCCGACGUCGGUUACCAAAUGGGAGAACAUCGCAUAAACAGCCUAGCCUAUGCUGACGAUGUUCUCUUCUUUGCUGCCACCAAGUGGGGUCUCCAGACCAGCAUCAGGGUGGUGGAGGACACAGCGAGGGAGACGGGGCUUCUUUUUUAA